AUGAAUCAAUGUAGUCUUUGUGAGAGACGUUUUUCACGAAAAGCUGACCUAGCACAACAUUAUAAUCAGCUUCAUCCAUACCUUAAACAUUCAUAUACAUCGAAUUGGAUCCAAAACCAACAACAGUUGAACUCUGUACCGCAAACACCACAAUUUUCUAUUAGUAAUAAUAUUUGGAAUGAAAUCGGGGAUUUGGGUGAUUUUUUACAAGCUAAGAUAAACCGAGAUUAUGAUAAAAGAGAAGUUGAUGAUAAUAGCGAUAAAUCAGAAGGGAUAUCGAACGAAAACGUUGAUGGUGGAUCGAAUGAAAACGUUGAUAAUGAAACUGACAGUGGAACCGAUACUAAUGUUGAAAAUAAUGGAAAUAAUAGAAUUAAUAAAAGUAUGAAAGGUAAUGAAGUUGAUAGUGAUGAUGAUGAGAGAUUCAAAUGGAUAAAUAAUAAUGAAAAUGAAGAUUUUUAUAGAGUGGGUUUAAACGAUGCAUAUGAAGACUUAUGUAAUAAUAAAAUUGAUGUAAUCGAGACAUUAUGGCCGAGCGAAGUAUAUAAAGAGUUCAUGACAGCUGUCACACAACAUCGUCUUUCAGAUGCAGCUGCUGAUUCUAUGUUACGCAUAAUUCGAAAAUAUUGUACCGAACCUCUUCCUGGCUCCACUCGAAAAGGUAGAAUGUAUAUGGAUCAAAUGGAUAUUAAAGAUUUUAAUAUAAAAAUGAAAGAUAUGGUUGAGUUUGAAGGAAAAAUUUACAAACUUCAAUAUCGACCAAUUAUUGAUGCUAUUAAAAGUCUUGUAUCUAAUCCCGACUUAAGUAAAAAUUUCCUUUUUGAUUAUAAAGAACAGUGGGAACAUGAUGAUAAUGGAAAUUUAGUUCGUGUUUACUCUGAGCAGAAUAGUGCAAAUUGGUGGCGUGAAAGACAGAAUCCAUUUAGUAAGAUUUUAGCGAUCAUGAUCUAUAUUGAUGGCACAACACUUGAUUCUUUAGGAAGACAAUCGGAAUAUCCAAUCUUUUUAACUCUGGGUAAUAUUCCAAACUGGCGUCGGAAUUCUCCUGAUGCCAAAGUUUUAGUUGGUUUUCUUCCACAUUUAAUUACUCGUGAUAAUAAAUUAAAAGGCAAUAAAUGGAAGAAUUGA